CAUGGGUUUAGAAGCCCAUGUUUGGGGAACCGUGCAUUAGACAAUUACACAUGCUCUAAACUAAUUUUCUACUCUCAACUUAUGAUUCUUCUGCCUGUUGCACUUCACCUUGACAGUGGCUGUCGUGGCAUCUCUGGCAUAUGUUCAGGACUUUGUGGUGGAGUGCUUAUGUUUCAUAAUGCUUCUCUUCUUUUCUUGCUUCUUGUGUAAUCCAGAACUGAGGUCAGUCAAGGCAGAGUGUAGAUUCUCUAAGACACAGAGGGGGGCAGUAACAGUUGUGUGAGCCGCCUCAGAGCUUGUCUGGCUAGUGUCAAGAACAUUCUGAGAGAUAUCCAGUGAGUUUGUCAGAGAUUGCAUGAUGAAUUACAUAUUUUGAACAGUAUCAGUAAAAACAGAACUACCCUAACCAUCUCUGCAUUCUAGAAAGCUCAGAAGAAACAAGCAACCGCACAUUUAUGUCGUGAAGAGGAAGUCGAGGUGGUUUGACUUGAGUUUAUUAAAGACCUGACACGUCAGAGAGGAAGAGAGUGAGUUCAAGUGGUUUUAUUUAGUUCUGGUUAGUUUGGCAAGGUCUGAACGUGACAUAAUGGGGAGAAGCUGUAUCCUUGAAUGGUUGCUCCUCUGCAUUCUUUCAGUCAGUGAAUGUACCAUUGAAGUCAAUGGUAUUGAGGGUCAGAACGUGACUCUGCCGUGCAGAUAUGAUGCCAAAUAUAAGGGGCCACAACACACAUGCUGGGGGAAAGGAACCAUACCAAUCAGAGGUUGUAGUGACCAAAUCAUCUCGACUGACGGGACUAAAGUGAAACAUCAAGUUUCAAGCAGAUAUCAGUUAAUCGGUGACCUGAUAACAGGGGAUGUGUCUCUAACCAUCUUCAAUACUUCUGAGAAGGAUUCUGGGAUUUAUGGAUGUCGAGUGGAACACGCAGGAUGGUUCAAUGAUGAGAAAUUUGAAGUCACUUUGACUGUGAACAAAACACCUGCCCCUCCAACAUCCAGGACACCAGAUUACAUGACCACAACCUCACAGACCUGGGGCUAUCACACACACGAUUACUUGACAGAAAAUUCUUCUCCAUGUUCGGACACAUUCUCGACACAUUACAUCACAUCGGAAUUGCAGAUUGGAUUCACUAACCAAGUUGGGAUCCUGGUGUCCAUUCUACUGGUUCUGAUAGGUGUGGUGAUUUUAUCUGCUCAUGUUUUGAGAAAACAAUGGAAAAGAGAUGCUCUGGUCCUUAAAAUACCACAGAACUCUGGUGACACAGUUGGGUACAGGAGCUCAGAGUCCAGCCCCGUGCAGCAAGCACAAGAAGUGGCGAUAGAGAACAUCUAUCAAACAGAAUGUGUUGACAGAGUUGACUAUGAGGAAUGUCCCUGAAGAUGCGUGAGAACUUUCACCACCCUCAUGCUUUAAGACUAUGCCACUGAUGUCCUAACAACUACUGGGUUGAACUGUGGUUCCAACAACAUUGCCAUCUUAAGAUACACUUAAGACGAACUUAUCCAGUCGUGUUGGUUGGAUUUUUAAAAGGUUUGUUAAAAGGUUUGUUUGAAAAAGUAAGGUCAACUAAUACGGCUGGCUUUAUUCAGAAGUAACAAGAUUUUUUAGGAUGGAAUUAUUAGUAUAUAAUAGCGUAUUGGUCCAAGUAAUGGCAGAAGAUUAAACUGCAGUUAUUUUGCAGAUAGUGUGACAAAUUCUGUUUGUGUCAAUUUUAUCAUCUCUGUUACCAUGACAUUUAGCCACAACCAUUGGCUCUGUGGCCCAGGCAUAUAAAUGCAGAUAUGUGAAAUGUCAAACAAAACCGUAGUGUUCCUCUGAAGUUAAACCAACGUUGUGGGACAGU